AUGAAGAAUCUGAGGAUAGCUAAAGUUGAAAUUGCUCGAUUACGCGACAAAAGUUUUGAGGAUUUGGUUGGUUUAAGGCAAAAGCUUUAUUUGGUCCUUGAUUUAGAUCACACGCUACUUCAUUCAGUUAUGUUAACCAAUAUAAAAGAGGAAGAAGCAAAAUUUAUUGACCAACAAGAUUUGCUACCGGAUACCUGGAAGAGUAGCUUGUUCAGACGGGACAAGAUUAAAAUGGUGACUAAAUUGAGGCCAAAUGUGCACACUUUCUUGGAAGAAGCUAGUAAACUAUUUGAGAUGUACAUCUAUACCAUGGGUUCACGUGACUAUGCUUUGGAAAUGGCAGAACUAAUUGAUCCCAAAAAUAAAUACUUUGAUUCAAGAAUAAUUUCACGAGAUGAUUCCACGCAGGAGAAACAAAAGAGUUUGGAUAUUGUUUUGGGGCGAGAAAAUGCAGUUCUCAUUGUUGAUGACACUAAACGGGUAUGGAAAGAUAACAUGGGGAAUUUGAUAUUAAUACAACCAUAUCAAUUUUUCACCUCAAAUCGUGGUGAUAGCCUGUUCGAACGAAAAACGGAUGAAAAAGAGAGGGUUUUGGACAAUAUUUUGAAGGUGCUCCAACAAGUUCACAAUUGGUUCUUUGACAAGGAACGUAAGGAUAAUAUAGAAGAGCGAGAUGUGAGACAAAAUCCGAGGAUAGCUAAAGAUGAAAUGGCUCGGUUACGCGACAAAGGUUUCGAGGAUUUGGUUUGUUCAAGGAAAAAGCUUUAUUUGGUCCUUGGUUUAAAACACAUGCUACUGCAUUCAGUUAAGUUAACCAAGUUAAAAGAGGAAGAAACACACUUUAUCGACCAAAGAGAUUCUCUUCCAGAUACUUGGAAGAGCAGCUUGUUUAGAGGGGACAAGAUGGUGACUAAAUUGAGGCCAUUUGUGCACACGUUUUUGGAAGAAGCGAAUUGUGGUGAAAGCCUCUUUCAACGGAAAACCGAUGAAAGGAAGAGAGUUUUGGCCAAUGUUUUAAAGGUGCUCCAAUACGUACAUACUUCGUUCUUUGACAAGGAACGCAAGGAUGAUAUAAAGGAGCGAGAUGUGAGACAAGUGGUAAGAACACUUGGGAUGAAAAUUUUCAAGCAUUGCGACAUACUAACGAAGGCGGGACUUGUGAGAGUCAAGGUGCCGCAGUAUUUCACAUUAAAAUGUCACAAAAAAUGUACCUCGUUGAGAAGAGCUAAGAUGCAGCGCAAGUGCAAAGCAACUGAAGUAGUUUGA